AAAGUAAUCGAACUACUCGUCACGAAAUGCAAACGAUCACCGUUCCCUCAGGAACUGGUCAAGAAGAUCGUAGGCGGUUGGAGAACAGAUUCAAUAGCCAGGAUAAUGGAGGGUACUGAGAUUACGCAAGAGGUCUUCCUGAAUUCCGCCACCAAUUCUCUGAACGAUGGGUACAUUACCAAGAUGCUGCACCAGGCAAACCCAGAACUUGUUGUCACAGACGAAAUGCUAUAGCAAACCGUCGGAAACAAUAUCGACCUCACGAAGACGAUUCUGGGGAUGGGCCAGAAAGUAAGCAAGAGAAUCCUGGAAGUCGCCGCAACGCGGGAAAAUACCAGAAUGCUUAAGCUACUACUGCAUACGGUUGAAGAAAUGAAAAUGCAGGACUCCGUCUUGGAAGCUGCCAUCACCAAGGGGAGACCUAAAAUCUUUCAGAUGCUUCUGCAGCAUGGCUUAGAAGACCCGAUAUUAGAGGCAUCAUUGUGCAGAGCAGCAUCCGAGGAUGACAACCUCGAAAUGAUAAUAAUGCUACUGGCUCACACCAAGGGGGAAGAUUCAGCUACAGGCGAUAUCCUGCAAGCCGUUCUGGGCGAGGCCGUUGACGAAUCAAGUAUGUCCAUAGUUGAACUACUUCUGGAGAACCGUUUCGUUACGCAAUUUUUGGAGCAUAUUUGGUCCAAAGUAGUUGCGCAGAAAAACGUGGAGAUUGUUGAGAUAUUGCUGAAACUCGAUCCACGGUUUGAAGUAACUGAGAAUGUCCUGAAGCAUGCCAUCAAAUCAUCGAAUGUCAAAACAUUAAAGCUGUUGCUAUUGCGCGACCCCCAAAUCAAGAUACACAGAGAAUGAUGGGAUCGAGCGGACAACCACAAGGAUGUAGAGAUUCUCAAGCUAUUUGUUGGCCACAUGACGGGCAAAGAAAGGUUCAAUGUUACUGAGCGAUUACUGGAGCGGACGGCCAACAAUUUGGAAGUUAUAGCAUUUGUUCUUGAGCAAUGGCCGAGCAUCUAGAUCACCUCGAAUGUUUUCGAAUGUGUGGUGGAGGAAUUCGACAUACAAG